AUGGCUUUGACCAAAACUUGGGUGACGCUAUGCCUGCUCACAGUCGCAUCGGGAUUAGAGGCUCCGGACGGUGACUUCUCCUUCUCUCGUCUCAAACGGCAAGCUUCUCCAUUGAACCGGGCUUGGGAAGAGGCGUUGCCCGGCGUUCAGCCAUUCUGGGAGAAAUACUCGACCGGUCCGUACGGAAUUGUCAUCAGAGGAUGGCAGUUCAGUCGGUGCGCUAACGAACAGGUAUGACUGAAUUUUUGGGUUUUGGUCACUUUUCUGACAAGGAAAGUACUUCUAUGGGGUAUGGAGUUACAGGUGGAGUCAUAUAUCAAAAAAAUCGCAAAAUUUUUCUGAUUCAGAAUAUGUAAAAGUUAGCUGCCUAAUUUUGGUUUUUGAAAAAAUCCUCAGAACUUUUCACGCAACACCACGCAAAUGCCUUUUUGACAAAGUUUUUACCAAAUCAAAAGCUUUGUUUUGAGCUAAAGUGAACCCUGGCAUCUUGACAAGCCUUAAAAUAUCAAAUUUGAUUAAUACGACACCUUAAUUAAUAGUUCCAAUAUAAAAAACGGGCAUUUAUGUGGUGUUGCGAGAAAAGUUGUGAGGAUUUUUUCACCCUGACACACCAAAAUUAGGCAGCUAACUUUUACAUAUUCUGAAUCAGUAAAAUUUUGCGCUUUUUUUGAUAUAUGACUCGAUCUGUAACUCCAUACCCCAUAUGGAGUUAAAGUACUUUCCUGGUGAGAUAAUGACAAUUUUGUUGUAGUGGACGAACUAUGUCGUGAACGUCUCAAAUAUUGUCAUCUGGCCCGACUAUCCACGUUUCCCCGGCCCAAUCUUCUUCAACGUCACCAUGGAUGUGAAUGAAGAGCUUCCAACCGAAAAGAUUGAGAUGGAUCUGGAAGUUCGACAUGCUGUAACUGGCAAACAAGGAAGCAAGGCCUGGCAGGUGAUCCCUUGCCAAGGCUGGAACAUUCUCGAUGGCUGUGAUGGUGUGGGGUCUUGGUGAGAAUGGAACUUUCAACCUCUUUCAAAAAUGGAUCAUCUAAUAUCUGUAAUCCGUAAAAUUUCAGCCGUUAUUGUGACAUGCUGGACAAAUGCCAAGACACGGUCAAGUCAGCGCACAAAUAUGUCAACGACAGGAAAGCCGAGGACUUUUUGAGACAGAAUAAACUGUGUCCACCACCGAAAGGCCAUUGGACGAUGACUUUCUCCAAGAUCUUCACUAUUGAUGACCUGCCCAAGAGUUUCUUCGGACCUCUUCAGUCGGUAAGGACUGAUUUUUUUUGGCAAAAGGAGAGAAACAAAGUUUUUAAAAAGCCCCGAAUCUGUUAUCCAAUCACAAAGUCAUCAAAAAUACUGUAGAUUUUGAGGUGAUGCGCUAUGAUACAUCUUGACUUUUAUUAGAGUAUCUAAUACAUCUUCAUAAAACCCCUGUCGAGCCACUCAUUUCGUGACUUUGGGAUCCCUUUUGACACCAAAUUUUAGGUCGUUUAAUACAUCUUUUUUGUGCCUUUUUUGCGACUAAAUCACAAAGCUUUUUUUGUCCAAAGCUUGACCUGUCAAAGUCAAAAAAUUGCCGACAGAAAUGUAAAAUGUCGAGUUGCAGAACGAGUACUGGCUGACGUUCUCCUUCACCGACGGCAAGGACCGGAAAUUGGGCUGCGCGCGUCUGUGGGUGGACGUUUGCAAGUACCAUCUACAAGACAAGGCGCAGAAAUGUUUGCGUGACGCCAACGCCUUCAAGAACUUCAUCAACGAAAUCAGCUCGCAAGCCGAACAGAUCCGACAAAGAGGCUAG